CUACUAGAUUUAUGUGAAGAUGUGACUCUGAAAGCCGCCGCGAUCAAGACCGAGUCCUCAGCGUGGGUACUUGAAGAUAAGAAGGUUGUGGUUGUCUCAUUUGAAAAGAUGAACGGAAUGGAAUGGUGGAGGUAUGUGGUCAAAGGUGAACCAGAAAUCAAUACUAAGAAAGUGCAACCAGAAAACUCAAAAUUAUCCGAUCUUGAUGGCGAAACGAGGAGUAUGGUUGAGAAGAUGAUGUAUGACCAACGUCAAAAGGAACUUGGUUUACCAACUAGCGAAGAAAAGAAGAAACAAGAUAUUCUAAAGAAAUUCAUGGAACAACAUCCAGAAAUGGACUUCUCCCAGGCAAAAUUCAGUUAAAG